AUGGAUAGAAUGAGCUUGGAAAAUAACAGCACGCCUAUGGCGAGGUCUGAUUACAGAACGAUGAACUCAGAAUUUAACUACACGUUAAUGGACUCAUCUAUAAACCAUUCUUCAAUUCUGGACAGUUCGAUGCGAAUUGAAAAAGACAAUAGAGAAAGAAGAUUACAGAAAUUAAAUGAAAACAUCGUAAGUGAAUAUGAAUCAGGUAGACAAAGUGUUGUUUUUACGCAACAAAAAUAUAAACAAUUGUUGGAAGGGUUUCUAUUAUUUGUUCAAACUAAUAAAUAUAUUCAUCAAAAAAUAACAGAAUUAAGAACAGAAGCUAAUGAUGAAUAUAAUAGAAUGCAAAAUAAAAAUAUUCCCAAUAUAAUUAUACAUCAACGUUUAAUUUGUAAUAUAAAUAAUUUUCAAACGGGAAAUGAAGAGUUCGAAUUAUUGGCCAAAUGUCUGAUAAAAGAACCAUAUUUAGCUUUACCAGCGUAUCAAGCAGCUAUUAAAGAAUUAUGGAAAUCUCAAGAUAGUAAAAUAGAUAUAGAUGCUCCAAAAAUUGGUAUUUGCGGUUGGUUAGGUAGGCAUCAUGUAACACCAAGAGGAUUGCAAAGUUCCAUGAUCAAUAAAUUGGUAGCAGUAGAAGGUGUUGUUAACAAAUGUUCUACUGUUCAACCUAAGUUGGUACAAUCAGUUUAUAUAGGUGAAGCAGUACAUGACAUUAAUGCUGAUAUUCGAAGUGAUGAAAAAACUGUUCAUCUGAGACCACAUUAUGAUAUUACUGAUUUUGAUAAAACAGCAAAAGAUUCAGGAAGGCCACCUGUUUCAGAUCCAGAGGGGAAAAUUAUGCAUAGACAUGAAAUUGGAUUAUGCAAAUAUAAAAAUCACCAAAAAUUUGUUAUUCAAGAAACUCCUGAAGAUGCACCAACAGGACAAAUGCCAAGAUGGGUAGAAGUAAUUGUAGAAGAUGAUUUGUGUGACAUUGUCAAAUGUGGAGAUAGAGUAAGAGUUUGGGGUGUUUAUCGAGCUAGUUGUGGACAAGCCAACAGUACCAACAGUGGCUUAGGUAGGUCCUUUUUAAUUGCAAAUAAUGUAUUAGUAAAAAAUAAAGAAACUUAUGAUACAAAUUUAUACAUAUCUGAGGCAGAUAAAAAAAAUUUUCACGCAUUUGCUAAAAAAGAAAAUACAAUAGAUGUACUAGGAUACUCAUUUGCACCUUCUAUAUGUGGCCAAGAUAUUGUAAAAAAGGGAAUUGUAUUAAUGCUAGCAGGUGGAACUGAACGUGCAUUACCAUCUCAUCAUAUUAGAGGUGAUAUACAUAUUAUGUUAGUAGGAGAUCCAAGUUGUGGUAAAUCACAGUUAUUACGUUAUGUUAUGAGCAUCAUGCCUGGAACUGUUUCAGCAACAGGUAGAGGAUCAUCAGGUGUUGGUUUAACGGCUGCUAUUGUUACAGAUCAAGAUACAGGAGAAAGAGUAGUAGAAGGUGGUGCUAUGGUUAUGGGUGAUAGAAGAGUUGUGUGCAUUGAUGAAUUUGACAAAAUGCAACAAACAGAUAGAGUAGCAAUACAUGAAGUUAUGGAACAACAAACGGUUACUGUGGCUAAGGCAGGUAUUCAUACCACCCUAAAUGCAAGAUGUACAGUAUUAGCAGCUGCUAAUCCUUUAUAUGGAUGUUGGAAUGAUACACUUGAUAUGGGUCAACAGUUACAAUUUGAACCGUCUCUACUUUCACGUUUUGAUCUCAUCUUUCUAGUAAGGGAUAGUGCAACUGAAAAGGAUGAUGAAAGAAUUGCUGAUUCGGUUCUGCGAAACGUUACAGAAAAAGCAAAACCAAUUAUGAGUGAAAAUAGAAAUAAUCAUAAGAAUUUUGUUAUUCAAGCAGAUAGCUAUGAUAUUAACCCCAAAGCUCAACAUAUUAGUGUGUACAAUGAAAGAGAAGUAAACAAAAAUAAUGAUAAUGAUCAAGAAAAUGAAGAAUAUGAAACACCUAUUUUUGCUAACAGAGAUGAAAUGAUUUAUUAUGAUAAAAAUGGAAUAGAACAUGAAAUCUUAACUGUUCCAUUUUUUAAAAAAUAUUUGCAUUAUGUUAAAAAUAUAUUCUAUCAUGAAAAACAAAGAACAGAUGGAUGGAAACCAUACCCAGAAGUAAGUGAUGAAGCAUGUGAAGUUAUUACUGAAUUGUAUGCAGAUUUAAGAGAAAAAGCAGCCAAAUAUUCACACAACAAAAUUAUCCAAGGGGUUACUCCUAGAACUUUAGAAGCAAUCAUUCGAAUUGCUUCAUCACAUGCAAAACUUAAAUUAAAUAGAUAUGUAACAAGUGUAGAUGUUAAUUAUGCUAAAAAGUUACUUAUGUAUACUCUCUUUGGCGAAGAAAUUAACGAAGUCGAGGAGGAGGAAGAAGAAGAUGAAGAAGAAGAGAAUGAAACAGGAGAAGAGGAUGAAGAUGAAGAAGAAGAUGAAGAUGAUGAAGAUGAUGAAGACGAUGAAGACUACGUUGGCAAUGAAAAGGUUAGUAAAAUAUACAAAAAGAACAAAAAAUCAAUAAAAAAAAAGACAACAAAGAAAAGAAAAGGUAAAAAUAAUGAAACAAUCAAUAAAAAGAAAAAAAGAAAAAAUAACUCUCAAGAUAAUGAUGAAGAAGCGUUCAUGAUAGACGAUAUGCAGAAGACAAGUGAAAAAUCUCCUCAAUUGGAUGUUAAAGAAAUAGAACGUCUUAUUGUUGAAAAUGUCACUUUGAACGACCCUGGAGAUGGAUUGAAGGACGAGGAACUCUUGGAUUUGAUUAUCCUAGGGAACAAACAGAAAAUGCCCCAGUUAGCAAAACUUGACAUAGGCACCUUACGAAAAAUAAUAAAUUCACUAAACGAAAUGGAUGGUGCACCAAUUUACUAUGUAAAGAAGGACAAAAUAGUAUACAAAUGCUAA